AUGGUGCAGGCAUUGUAUGGGAGGCAACCAGAAGGCAUAGACAACAUGAGUUGGAAGGAAUUGGAAGUGAAGGUUGUGGUGACUAUUAGGCUUUGUCUGGCUGACAACGUGAUGUAUCAUGUCAAGGAUGAGGAAUCGUCGGUGGUAGUUUGGCUGAAAUUGGAGAGCGGGUAUAUGUCCAAGUCAUUGACAAAAAAGUUGUAUCUUAAGAAGAAAAUAUAUGGGCUUAUGAUGGUAGAGGGUUUGGAUAUGAAUCAACAUGUCAACUUAUUCAAUCAGACCAUUAGUGAUCUGAAGCGAGUUGAUGUGAAGUUUGAGGACGGAGAAAAGGGGUUGAUGCUGCUGAAUUCCCUACCUACGAUCAAAUCUAGGGAUAAUAUUGCCAAUGUUGGAGGCAGAAGCAGUGAGGGAGCUGGCCCUAAGGCUGGGAGUGAUUCCACAAAUGUUCUGUGGGACUUCACUCAGCACUUGAUGGCUGAGGUGGUUCAGACGAAUAAGGGGCAAGGUCGUCUUGCGACUGAAUUAGGCUAUUCUAUCGAUCAGUUCACGCGAUUGAAACCUCCUGUUUUCAUGGGAAGUGCAGACCUGAUUCAAGUUGGGAAUUGGAUCGAGGAGAUUGAGAAGAUUCUGGACAUCCUGAACUACACUGAGAAGCAUAAAGUAGCCUUUGCAAAGUUCAAGUUGUUGGGCGAAGCAGAGAGAUGGUGGAAAUCUGUAAAGAUACUUGAGGAGCAUCGACCCAUCCCUGUAGUAGUGAUGUGGGCUAGGUUCAAGGAAUUAUUCUUUGAAUGGUAUUUUCCAGUUACGGUCAGAAAUGCCAAGAUGGAGGAAUUUAUGAGUCUGGAACAGAGGCAGCUGACAAUUCAGAAGUGUACUGCUAGAUUUCAAGAGCUAUCCCAUUUUGCUCCAUUCAUGGUUCUGGACAAGACAAUAAAGGCUUGGAAAUUUUAA